AUGUCUCGAAACGGUAUCAUCUUGAGAAACAGCAGAAGCAGCAACAAAGUAGCAGCAAUUGCUAUUAUUCUCUUCAUCAUCGCCACGGAAAUAUCAGCCUUUGAUUACAGUGGUUAGUUUUUAAAUAAUUAUUUUAAAAAUUACUCCAUUAAAAUACCCCUCUCUAGAAACAAAUUAUUUUUUAUUUUUGCAACGAGAAAAAACUAAUUGCAACAUUUCUCCUUACAACAUUUCAAGAAAUCAAAUUAAUUAAAAAUAAUUUAUUUAUGAGUUGAUGUUUUGAUUCUUUUCAGAUUACUCACUUCAAAGAAUUGCUCGAGCUCCACAACAACCAUCAGCUCUUCUAGUUCCAUAUCCAAGAGUUGGCAAGAGAAGUUCGGAUAGGUAAGGCUCUCUCAAUGUUUUUUUCUCAAAAAAUAUCUGAUUAAUUUUUCUUUCCAGUGACGACAUUUUCGAUACAAUUCAAAAACGAUUGUACACUGCACGAGUUGGCAAACGCGCAUACCUCUAUGCUCCAAGAAUCGGAAAAUGA